AUGCCUACCAUGUGGCUCUCAGACACGCAAAAAAUUGGAGUCGCCUUCUGUUCAGGAGGCGGAUUCUUCCUUAUGGGCGGCGUUAUGAUGUUUUUUGACCGCGCAAUGCUGGCAAUGGGCAACAUCCUCUUCCUCAUUGGCCUAACCCUCAUCAUCGGCACGCAGAAGACGCUGGCCUUCUUCGCGCGCCGGCAGAAAUGGAAGGGCACGCUGGCCUUCGCCGUGGGCAUAGCACUCAUCCUGAUGCGCUGGGCGUUUCUCGGCUUCCUGAUCGAGCUGUACGGCAUCCUGGUCCUGUUUGGCGACUUCUUCGCGACAAUCGCCGGGUUCGCAGGCGCGAUUCCCAUUGUAGGGCCGUACAUCGCAAAGGCACUCACUAGUCUCAGCGGCGCGUCUGCGGCCGCGAACGGAGGGGAGAAUGUAUGA